AUGGCGCGCGCGUCCUCCUCCUCCGCCGCGCUCCCCCCCGUCCCCAAGAACUGUGUCGUCACCGGCGGCUCCGGGUUCGUCGGUCGGCGUCUUGUCGAGAUGCUCGUCGAGCGCGGCGCCGAGCGCGUCGUCGCCUUCGACGUUGCGCCGAGACCGGCGGAUGCGAAGGAUGACUCGAGGAUAAUCUGGCAGCGGGGCGAUCUCACGUCGCCGUCCGACGUCGACGAGGCGAUCAAAGGGGCGGAUUGCGUGUGGCACAUCGCGGCGCUCGUCGGACCGUAUCACGCGCGGGACAUGUACGACAAGGUGAAUCGGGUCGGGACGUUAAACGUGAUCGAAGCGUGUAAGCGACACGGCGUGUCAAAGUGCGUGAUGUCGAGCUCGCCGAGCACGCGAUUCGAUGGUGGAGACAUAAACGGGAAGCGAGAGAGCGAACUGUGUAUUCCGAAGACAUUCUUGCAGCCGUACGCAGAGAGUAAGGCGAUGGGGGAGCGGGCGAUGAUGGAGGCGUGCGACGGGAAGACGUUUUUCACCAUCGCCGUGGCGCCGCAUCAGGUGUACGGACCGCGAGACAUGUUAUUCCUGCACAACUUUUUGAUCAACGCCAAGAGAUUGCGCAUCUUCGGCAGUGGGGAGAACUUGAUCAGUAUGUGUUACGUCGAUAACUACUGCCACGGGUUGAUCCUGGCCGAGCGCGCGCUGUAUCCGGACUCGCCCGCGUUGCGCAAGUUUUACAUUUGCACCGAUGGCGAACCGGUAAAGCUGUGGGAUUUUCUCGAUCGAGCCUUCGUCGAGCUCGGCUACCCGUCGCUCCGAGCGAAGUUUCGCCUCCCUGGUUGGUCAUUCAUGAUGCCCCUGGCGCACGUGUGCGACGCCGUGGGCUACGUACUCGGCAGAAAGUUCAAGCUCACGCCCUUCUCCGUGCGCAUGCUCCUAAUCAACCGGUGGUUCAACAUCGACGCUGCGCGACAAGAUCUCGGGUACGAACCGAUCGUCGAUCCCGAGGAGGCGUGGUCGCGAACGAAGUCCUGGUUUGAGACCGAAUGGAAGCCCAAGUACGGGAAGUAG